UUCUAUGUUAUUUUUCUUGUCCCUGCUGACAAAGGGUGACACGACAGGAAAAUUUCCAACCACUGUUAAAACCAUAUUAUGGCGCCAAUGUUACUUUACGCGAUCUGCUGAUUGGAGUGCUAUGACGAGGGACAGAAAAAAUCUCCAGCUGAGACAGGAAAAUAGUAAAAGGAUAAAAACAGGACAAAACCUUUGUCCCCAUAACAGCAGCAAAUCCGACACCUGACCCUCUCACGCACCUGAGAGCACGUGCCUCAUAAUUUGCUCCAGCAAAAGUCAUGCUCCUGUCAAAAUAAGCCAGAUUAACCCGUCUGCGUGAAAUUUUUGUCAGCACCUUAUUUUUAAUGCCGUCAGCCAACCAUUAAACAUUUUUGUCACCAGAGUGAUUUUGUCUCGUCCCUCCUCCGCAUCCCUCUCUUUCCAAGAUCUCUAAAGGAGUUGGGGAUGCUGACCCUGGUCAGUUUCACUUCUUCUCUCGCACUGUGCACCUCGUCCGUGGAAUACAUACUCCAAAAUAAUGUUUCACCUGCGACUCGUUCUGCUCACCGCAGUGCUCAUCUUUUGGCUUUUGCAAUUCGUCCAAGCGUUGCCGCACUCCAGACACCACCAUGCUAAAAAUUUUCUUUACAAUUCAGCAGAGAAGCCUGCAGCGUAUGGCGAAAAACAUGGGGGAGCGAAAAGAAGCGAAACGGCGCAGCAACAACGUAGCAACUCGUCGCCGGCCAAAAUGCAUUCGUCCGAUGCAACUUCGGCAGCUGAUGCUCCUGCUGACUAUCCCGCAUCUGAUUUCUCAGACCUGUCCAUGUGGGAAUACAACAUUUUUCCGGAGCUGCCAUCCAAUUACGAGCCGGGCGACGCAGACGACUAUUACGACGAGGGCGAUUACUUCGCAGACCUGCAGUUGGAGAACGACUACGACGAGCAAGGACCAACCAUCCAGAAUCUCAUUUUGCUGGCGGCGACACAUCCUCGGCGUAAUCGCAGCAACGUGUUCGGUUUGCCGCCGAGGGAAGUGGUAAUUUAUUAAUAACGCUCGCCGAAAGUUGUGACGGGAGAGUUGCGGUCAGUCAUCCAAAUUGUUAUCCGCAAACUCCAUCCGCCGAGUUUGGUCCCCGUUGACAGAGAGAGCAAAAGCCAUCGUGCAGGCGUAAUUUGUAAUCAUACCUCCACCGACCGACCAACAAACCCUUUGGCCUGGCCGGUUUUGAUCUUGCGCAAUUCAAGCUUGUUAAUUACUUUUUACGUCAUAUGCUACUAAAUUAAUAUGCUUUGGUCAAGUGUUGUGUAAAUAAUGUUAUGUAUGCGUACAAGAAGGAAUGAGAAUUUGAUAUGUGUGUGAUUAAAAGUUGAUUAAAUAUAUCAAGUGUUACUACAAU